AUGACGACCCACGACGCCCUCGUCGGCACGCUCCCCGGCGUUCGCCUCGAAAAUGACACCCACGUGUGUGAAAUCACUCGCUUCGGCGCGCACGUCGCGUCGUGGCGCGUCAAACGCACGAGCGAUGAGCUUUUGUUUCGCUCAAAGUUGGCCAAGCUCGACGGAACGAAAGCCAUUCGCGGCGGCGUGCCGGUGUGUUUCCCGCAAUUCAGCGACAUGGGGCCGUGCGCGCAGUCGCACGGGUUCGCGCGAACGUCCGUGUGGGCCGUGGAGGCGCUGAGCGCGACGGAGGUGACGAUGGUGCUGCGACGCGGUGACGAGGCGGGCGACGGCGACGCGUUCGGCGGCGACUACGAGGCGCGGUUCACGGCGACGCUCGACGGUGACGCGUUGCGCACGGCGUUGCGCGUAACGAACGCUGGGAAGAGUUGUUUCGAGUUUACGUCGGCGUUGCACACGUACUUCAGGGUUUCAGAUUGCGCGAAGACCAAGGUGCGCGGGUUGCGCGGGACGACGUAUUUAGACAAUUUGCGCGCGAGAGCGAGCGCGAAGGACGACGAAGACGCGGUGGAGUUUUCUGGCGAGGUGGAUAGGAUCUAUACCGACGCGCCGAGCGUGUUGACUAUAGACGAUGAGGCUCUCGGGCGGAGGUUUCGCGUUGCAAAGACGUCGACGUUUCCGGACGCCGUCGUGUGGAAUCCGGCGUUGACGGACAAGACGCGAGGCAUGAGCGACUUUGGCGACGAGGAAUACCGCGAGAUGGUGUGCGUCGAAGUCGCCGGAGUGAAGGAUAAGAUCACCGUGGAGCCAGGAGAGACGUGGGAGGCAUCGCAGACGAUUAGCUAUAGCGCGAUUUAA